AGCGCUGCGCCACUCCGCGCCCGACUGUCAGCGCGCACGCGCGUCUCCGCGAUGUCAGUGUGAUCUGUGCUGUGUUUGUGUUUAAAAAAAUAUAUUCGUGUUACCAGCCAUGUAUACGCAAGAGGUUCUAAGCAAGAAAGAGUUGGACAUGUCGAAAAAUCUAGUGACGGGUGAAAUAGAAUACCGGCCGAAAAAGAAGCAAGGAUGCAUGAUAGCUUUGGUGGUGGCUGUGGGUGCGCUUGCGCUGUCCUUUGCUGUUUUGACGGUGGUGAGGGAGAUGCAGAUAUCGAGACUGAGGAGCGAGGUCGAUCAGCUGACUGUCAACAUGAUAGCUGUGACGGCGAACAUCAAGAGUCUCAAUCAGAAGGUGAAUAGAGAUUUGAAUGAUUUUAAGACACUGGAUGAUGAUACGAUCUACGCCGAUGGCGAGGAAGGUCCCGUGUCCAAAGACUCAGCCAUGGGCAAGCUGAAAGAUGUCACCGUGCUUGAAGAUGAUACUGAUGACAUGGACGAUGAUGAUGAUUACGACGACGAGGAGAGCGGCUACUGGUACGAGGACUACGACAGGAGGCCUAAGAAUGGCCACACAAACAUGGUGCACCUGAAACAGGAAGAAUUGCUGGGGUCAGUCGUCACGCAGGGGCAAAAGCGGCCUUCCGACCAUCCGUCCAACAUUCACCAGAUUCACCGAAUGCUGAAUGGACUUGACUCACAAGUCACAGGGGCGCCGAAGGACGAAGAGGAGGCCGCGAUGCGUGACAAGCGAAGCGUGUUCCCUGACUCCAACGCCAACGACGCCGUUAUCACCAAGCCUGAAGACAGCCCGCGUCGUAAAAUGAAGAAGUACUCAAGCUCUGACUCGCCGAGGAGGUUCAACUUCCAGCACACAGUCUCGAGAACAGUACGGAACAGUGAUGACGAGGGCCGACGGCCGUUCGUAGCGGCACACUUCCACGGCAACACCAGCCAUCUCAACCCGGAAGUACACGAGCAUUACAAAGGCAAUGGCCUAAUCCGCGUGGCCCACGACGACCCUCACAACGUGUGGUACCCCGCCCCCUGGACCAUGGCGUCCCCGCACCCGCGCCCCACACUAACCAACAAGGGACACGUGCACGUGAGAGACACGGGCGUGUACCUGGUCUAUGUUCAGAUCUACUACCUGGAUACCCACGACAUUAUCUCCUGGGUACUCCACCGCACCAACGCUGAGAUAGAAGGGAGAGAGACACUCCUCCAAUGCGCGCAGUCGUCUCACUCUAGCGAACCCCUCGAAAAACCGAAUUCCUGCUUCUCUGCCGCCGCUUUAUUCUUAAAAGCGGGUGACAGACUGGCCGUCCGGAAUACCGGAGGGGAUAGGCAUUCGUUGAUGGAACCGGAAAAGAGUUUCAUCGGUCUUAUUAAACUGGCUGAUGCUGAGGAUCCGAAUGAAGAGUUAUAAGUUUUUUAGCUGUGUCUAUGUUAGGGCCGUUAUUUUUUGGCUGUUCGUGGAAAAUAUUUGGUUAUGUCUAAUUAUUUCCAGUCGUACGAUGUACCUGAAAUAGUAUCUACACACCGAAGCGUGCAAAAAUAAUUGAAUUAAUCUUAUUCGUAGAACCAUUUCUUAAUUUAUUUAUCUUAAAGUACCUACAAAUCAAUGUUUUGACAACUAUAUUCCUCGCCAAACUGCGAUGGCAGUUUGUUGGCGAAACUAAGUAUUCUACUUGGAACAAUUCGCAUGCGAUUUUAGAAAAUUGUCGGCUAUGAAGGUUUAACGAAUUCAAUGAGGGCUAACGCGUAUGAAUUCGCCGCUAGGGGCGCUAGUGUAGAUGGUGGUCUUUUCCAUAUUUUUAAAUGUCAAAUGUCACUUGUCACUUCAAUGACUGACAGCUGUUCUUUAGUCUUUUGGACCACCACCAACAGAGGCGCCAACUGGUGAGCAAAAAAACGAUAGCCCUCAUUGAUCGAUCAAAAGCUAAAAUGUUUUAAAACUCGCAUGCGGUUUGUUGCAAGUUUAGUAGAGGCAUUAAUUCUUGUGAUAUUGUUUGCACGAUUUAGUGAACAAGAUAUGUUUCAUAUAGAAUCACGGUAAUUAGACAAAAUUAAAAUUUUCGGCCAAUGGGCUUUUUAUGUUUAGUUAGUGUUAACUAUAUUUUGCAUGUUGGCUAUGCUAACAACCCGCCGGCCCGGAUGUUUUACAAUAGUGAUAAAGAUUUAUAUAUAGUCAAACAAGUGCCAUUAUUAUUUAUAGAAUGACCGUUUUAAACCGUCACACACGGAUUUUGAAUCUAGAUCUAAAUGUUUAUGGGCUCUGAUUAUUGUCUUUGCCAUAGAUAAUAGGUUCUAUGGUACUUAAGGUCCUCUUACAUAUAUAUAUAUAUAUUUGAGAGAUAGAGAGGCAGAUAAAGAAAUUUACAUUUUCAUAUUUCGCGGUAAGGCCUCUUAUAAUGACCAAUGAAAUCAUUCUGUGACCACUGACCAUAGACAGUAAUCGCAGAUGUAGAUAUUCAGAUUCUGAAUUUAAAAUCCGUUUGUUCAGUGUUUCGCAAAAGGCACCGGCCUAGGUACAAAUUAACUACAUAUGUUUUUUUUUCCUUUACAGAACAACAAUUUACUUACCUAACUGGUAUUGUUUUCAUCUUAGGAACAUAAUUGUAGGUUUUUGAUACGUACCUAUAUAUUUGUGACGUUUUCAACCAAAAGGUACCACAUUGUCGCUUGUCGAUAAAGUUCAUUUCUAAUUGAAGCUAUAUGGAAAUAGCGCCUUACUGACAAGCGACAAUAGGUACCCUUUUGGUAGAAAAUGGCACAUUUAUUUCCUAUUAAACAAACUUUAUGCCUUGCCCUAUUUAGUAUAAAAUUUGUAUAUCUAAUUGUAAUUAAUCAUAUGAGUAAUCAAAAGAUCUGUAAUGCCAUUGAUAUUAUAAGUAGCUACUAACUUUUAAUAUACUUAUUUGUAAUUUAUUUUAUUAUAAUACGAACGUAGCUAAGUUUAUACCUUUCGGUAUAUUUAGUUAUAAGGUGAUAAUACUGAUAAUGUCGUUAUUGAUGUUUUUAAAUGGAAAGAAUAAAAAAAUACGUACAUUA